AUGACUUCAACCAUCGUUUUAAUCAGUGGCGCGAACAGAGGAAUAGGAAAAGGACUCCUUGAGUUAUACCUCGCCAAGCCCAACCACACCGUCAUCGCAGCAAACCGCGACCCAGAAAAUGCAGGAUCAAAGGCACUUUCGAACCUAACCACAGGAACAGAAAGUCAUCUAAUUAUCGUGAAAGUCGACGGAUCAGUUGAAAAUGAUGCUCUCGAAGCUGUCCAAGCACUCUCAUCCCAAGGAAUCGACCACAUCGACAUCGUGAUCGCCAAUGCGGGUGUUUCUUACGCCUGGCCCAAGGUGUCGGAAUUGAAGAUUGAAGAUUUGCAAGGCCAUCUGGUACCGAAUGUCUUUGGUGUUGUCCGGUUGUACCAAGCUACAUUACCGUUGCUGUUAAAGGCUAGUAAGCCCAAGUUUGGGACGAUUGGUUCGACCGCGGGAUGUCUUGAGUAA